UACAUCCCCCCCCUCACACCACCACUAUGGCUGGAGACACACCAGUAGCCCAGGAUGACCGUUGGAGGCGCACGACGAUGACGUAGCCUAGUACCAGUGUCCGUGGUGGACGAGCAUGAUCAACAGUGUUUACAUCAGUCAUCGCUACACCCUCGGCCUCACACCACACGCCUACUCUACUUGGGAUUAAGAUUACGACCACAAACGACGCUACUCCGUUAUCAGACAUCUAGAGAACUGGCGAACGUGCUUAUUCCAGCGAGGUAAACGCCAGCGGAGGUGCGCUUACCGCGCUUGUUCCAGCACGGUAUUAAGCGAGGGUUCCCACCAGUGGUGUCAGUGUGAUCAUGGGGAUGGCGGGGCAGAGUGAGGAUGGGCAGGUCUUCCCAGAGGCGUGGAUGAAUCGUUGUUAUAAGGACCUCGUAUAUCCCAACCCUGCCUGCGUCCAGGUGAUGGAAAAAGUGAACAAAUCGCUGGCGCGGUACGUGACCAAGCCCCUGGGCUCAGAGUUCAAGCAGCAGGCGCUCUUCUCACUCCUGGGGCCAGAGUUCACAACUCAAUACUUCCCGUACCAAAAGUACGACCUCAAAAAACUGGAUCCGUUACCGGACAGGCAGAAGGAGAAGUGCCUGACGGAAGCACGGGCCUUCCUCGACCAGAGCCUCGUUCGAGCCCUCGCUGACUGUGGGUACCCUGAUGACGUGGCCAACUACCAGAAGGAUGAUGAACUGGGGCGCUUCCUUCAAGAAGUCCGUAACAGCUUCCAUGAGGGUCUCAGAACACGCACAGCUGUCGUCAUGUUCCAUGAGGAGACUGAGAAGGAACGACAAAAGAGGAAUGAAGACGACGACUACGAGGAUGAUAUGCAGCGAGCCAAGAAAAAGGCCCUGAAGGCACAGCCACGGACCAAACCCUCCGACGUGGCAGGGAAUGCACUGAUGGCCUUUCUGGCCUAUGACAGCACCAAGAAGAGUGACUUUAUAAAGAGGCUCAGGGAGCGACGCCUGGCACUUCCAAACAACCUUCGUCAGUACUUCUGGUGGGAGUUCCUGGUAGAACGAGAGGCCGCCAAGCUCAAGGUUAAGUCGGGCCAGGACGCGAGGGCAUUGAUGAAGGAGAACUUUGAGACCACGCUGACGAAGGAGAUGAAGAGCCAGAACGUAGAGAGAGCCGUUCGCAGCAACAACUGGCAAACCAUUGACGGCGGUGUCAUUGAGGCGUAUGACACCAACCCUACACUUAAGAGCCUCAGUAAUCACGAACACAUGAUGCAGUCAGCACGCGCCCUCAACCUAUUUAUCAUCAGUUCUAAGAUAUUCUCUGUUGCCAACAUAUACUGGCUUCUCCCCAUCCAACAGAUCUUCCAGAAAGGGCCAAAUGAUUCAGAUGAGUCCCACAUGGUGCACCUGGCGAUGGUGCUGGAGCUGCUCACCCGACACUGUCAGCUCCAGCAGAAGGACGUGUUCACUCUCGCCGAGGAGGUCAUGAAAACUGUGAAGGCAAACGACCCUCAGUACAGCGGCUACAUCACUACCUGCCUUAACAAUAGUGCCUCCCGCAUCAAUCUCAAGGACUUUCCACCGGAGGUACUGAUACAGGGAACGAAGGCGUCGGUGAAGCAGUAUCAGGAGCUGCAGGAACAAGGCUCCAACGACAUGAAGCCCAAGCACCUAGCCCUCUUCACUAACCCAGGGAUCUUCGUAAGGAAGUGGAUCGCUCAGGGGUUUGUGGGUGUGGUGAGCAUAACAUCCGGGCUGUGGAUGUGGGACCAGCUCUUCCUCGAUGGGUGGAAUAAGACGACAAUGCGGAACAUGGCUGUAGCUAUUCUCAUUCUCAUCAAGCCGUGGAUGAUGAGAGCGAAUACGUACGCUGACGCCCGCAAAGUCCUGCUGAACGAACCAGGCAAGCUGUAUCUGAGUGAUUUACGGCGCGCCCUUGAGCACCUGGAGUCUGGUGGCGCCUAUGCCGAUUUCCCAGACAAUAAGAACUUCCUCGAACCAAUAGUACCAAAGGCAAAAUACAAUGAUGAAUCCCCGGCGCCAAUACGUGAGCAAGUGAUGAGGAAGACAGAACCGCCUAAAACUGAGGAACUGAAGCCCAAUUUUGUUCCAUAUGUGGCUCCUUUCAGAUUACUCCGAGAAGGCAGAGAAUUUAGCGAACACCACAUUGACGUUGGUGAUCACCAUGUUGAUGAUGGUGAUCACCAUGUUGAUGAUGGUGAUCACCAUGUUGAUGGGGAUCACCAUGUUGAUGAUGGGGAUCACCAUGUUGAUGAUGGGGAUCACCAUGUUGAUGAUGGGGAUCACCAUGUUGAUGAUGGUGAUCACCAUGUUGAUGAUGGGGAUCACCAUGUUGAUGAUGGUGAUCACCAUGUUGAUGAUGGGGAUCACCAUGUUGAUGAUGAGGAUCACCAUGUUGAUGAUGGUGAUCACCAUGUUGAUGAUGGUGAUCACCAUGUUGAUGAUGGGGAUCACCAUGUUGAUGAUGGUGAUCACCAUGUUGAUGAUGGGGAUCACCAUGUUGAUGAUGGUGAUCACCAUGUUGAUGAUGGGGAUCACCAUGUUGAUGAUGGUGAUCACCAUGUUGAUGAUGGGGAUCACCAUGUUGAUGAUGGUGAUCACCAUGUUGAUGAUGGGGAUCACCAUGUUGAUGAUGGUGAUCACCAUGUUGAUGAUGGGGAUCACCAUGUUGAUGAUGGUGAUCACCAUGUUGAUGAUGGGGAUCACCAUGUUGAUGAUGGUGAUCACCAUGUUGAUGAUGGGGAUCACCAUGUUGAUGAUGGGGAUCACCAUGUUGAUGAUGGUGAUCACCAUGUUGAUGAUGGUGAUCACCAUGUUGAUGAUGGGGAUCACCAUGUUGAUGAUGGGGAUCACCAUGUUGAUGAUGGUGAUCACCAUGUUGAUGAUGGGGGAUCACCAUUGGUAAUCUUAUUUGCUUGGCAAGUGUGCAAGUGUGAACAUUAUCUAACUGUCCGCCCACCAAGCUCCCUCACAACGAUAAUGGGCUGGAAAGGGAGGGGGCCAGUCGACCCGGAGCCCCUUGACGCGCCCGCUGGCACCAACGACCAGCCGCCGGCCGCCUCGGAGCCACUCCCCGACGACGACAGUGACGACGAUUCCACGGAUGACACGCCUCCGCCCACGGCAUCCCCGCCGUCCGAUAAUCUUGGAUGGGUGCCUUAUGACCAGACGACGACGGAACCCAAUUUACCAACUCCUACCCGGCCCAAUAAGCCUUUCGACUUCUAUAUCGACUCCGUCAGAUUCCUUCCAGACAACGUCACUCACUGCAAGGUAAUUGGCAAGGUAUUCAACAUGUCCAAAGACAAGAGUGUACCGGACAUAGUCACCUACGCCCAGUUUGAGUCAACAGCCCGCUGCCCGACCUUCAGAUGCAAGACUCGAUUUAAUGACGACCGAGCCUCCAUCAACCCCAACAUGCUCAUCCAGCUGCGGGUGUACGGCUAUCAGGACCACCUCCAAUUACAAAUACUUAGUUACGAGCUUCCGCAGGAAACAGUUAAAGCGCCCGCCUACGAGUCUGGCUACUACAGGAGUGAUGAAUGUAGCCCCAAUGACACCGACCGUCAACUCUUCCGCUACUAUAUCGACAUGGAAGGUUAUAUGAGCAUCACGGUGAAAGAGAAGCUGAAGGAGGCACAAAAGGAAUCAGGCAAACCUGUGUCCACUACGGAUGACAAACUACAAAGGUACAUGGUGGAGUCCCUGGACGAGAAGGCCCAGGAGAAAAAGAGCAAUCAACCAACACCGUUCCUUGACUACACCCACUUUGUCAACUACGACAUUGAUGAUGGACUGAAGGCGGACGUGUUAAGUGUCUUCUCUCUCCCAUCGCGCCUGGAAGGAUACUACUGCCAGGUGUUCUGCCAAGUUCUUCCGGGUGAGGAAGUAGAGGAGCUGCCUCCCACCCCUGAGGGCUAUGGCCACGAUCAGCACUUCAUCUCCAAGAACCUAGACUUUAAGUCCUCUCAGCGCUCACCCGUCUGGCUUGACGAUCCUGUGACGCUGCACCCUCACUAUGAUGAGCAGUCAAUCCUGUUGAUUCAAUUGUUUGGCUUCAAGCCCAAAUACCAGCCAGGGAACGGCUCCUCGCCUGGCAUCCUCACUACCACUGAUGAUCGCAAAGUCAGCUUUGAUUACGACACUCCUCUUGCCUGGACGUUCACCCAGAUCUUCGACAAAGAGGCAGUGCUAUGUGGACUACACUGGCUGCCCCUGUUCACUGGCUCACCUGAUCCUCUCAUCCUAGACUUGUUGAAUGAAACUGCCCCAGCACACCAAGUCCUCUCUCAAUACAAGUCAGCCUUGAAACCUUUAGAUGGGGCAUCUAUUGAGAUUAAGUUGUGUGAUGGCCGCAUUGACCCUUUGGAUAUUAAAGAAGUUCGACUAGAGAACAUAAUGGAUGUCAUGGGUCAGAGAACAAACUGUGCAAAGGGCCAAAUACAGACCUUCUCAAAGACUAUUAAUGAGCUGUACUUGGAGAGCAUGACUAAGGCAGCGAAGAAGAAAGGCUCAGUUGCUAAGGACACUAAUAAGGAGCGUGAAUUCUUUGUACAAGCAGCAAACAAGGCAUUUUUCAAUGCGAUGAAUAAUGCACUGCAAGAAGCUGGUUUUACCACAUUACAUGAAGACUCAUAAGUGAAAUGGUAUAUGUAAAAAAAUCUACUAAUGGUAUUAGUCAAGAAUAUUCAAAUACAGUAUGCAUUCUCCUCAUAAUUAGACCAACACAGCCUAUUUGUCCUGGUUACAAAUUACUCUGCAAAAGUUUGUGUUUUUUAGGAUUUAACAUUUGUCAUGAAAUUAUAUAUACAGUAUUUUAAUUUUUUUUAAAUAUCCCACAUUUUCUCAUAUAGAGUUCACGAAAGCCAAUUUUUGUAGUUAUACAGAACACUAAAUACUGUAAUUAGAGGCAACACAAGAACUGUGAACCUUAUAAUGUGUUGUUUGGCACUCAACAUACAGAAAUGAAAUUCUUUGUGUAAGCAAUCAGUACUGUAUUUAAAUUUGAAAUAC